ACACAGCAGAUCACCGAUCAAUGGAAAGAGCCAAUGACAUUGGCUCUGUCAUGUGAUCAGCUGCGUCCAAUCACAGCUGAUCACAUGGGACAUGAGCACUGAUGAUCAGUCCCCAUCAGUGCCACCUGUCACUGCCUAUCGAUGCCACCUGUCAGUGCCCAUCAAUACCACCUGCCAGUGCCCAUCAGUGCACAUCAAUGCCACAUAUCAGUGCCUACUAGUGCACAUCAAUGCCACAUAUCAGUGCCCAUCUGAGCUGCCUUUCAGUGCCACCUAUCAUUGUCAGUCAGUGCCGUCGCCUAUCAGU